CAUGACACCCUCCUCUCUGCACACGCAGUCCGGCACCGUGGCGCGGAUUUGGCUCCAGACCUCGGCAGGACGCGGCUGACAGGCCACCUGAAGGCUGUCAGUGCUGGUGUGGUGGGCCGCAGCCGCAGAGGGAAUGGACGUUUCCGGGAAGACUUCGUGAAAAGGCGCUGGCUGGAUUCUUCGCGCAUGGGAGGCGCACCUCGCCGAGGCUGAGGGCGCGUACCUGUGCGGACUUGCCCGCAGCUCUCGAGUGGGGGAGUCGAGCUCGUGGAGACACACCUUACUUGGCUUUUGCGGAUCUACGGCGCCCCCCGCCCCCCACUCCACCCUCUCUCUCAGAAAGCGAAGGGAUAACCGAGGUGAACAUUGAAAUGUCGGCAAAUGAGAGAGCAACUCGAGCGCUGAGGGAGAUCCUACAGAACCCUGGAAAUGACACUUGCGCAGACUGCGGCGCGCCAGAUCCAGGGUGGGGCUCCUGCUCUCUGGGGGUGUUCAUCUGUCUGGCGUGCUCCGGGAUCCACCGCAACAUCCCCGACGUCAGCAAGGUCAAGUCCCUGAGCCUCUCCCACUGGGAGGACCAGGAGGUGCAGUUCAUGGCUGAGAAUGGUAACGAGCUGAUGAAGAGUAAAUAUGAGGCCGCUGUUCCCGUCUACUACUACAAACCAACCCACAAAGACUGCCAGGUGUUGCGGGAGCAGUGGAUUAGAGCAAAGUACGAGAGGAAGGAGUUCUCUGAGCCUGGGAAGAACUUUAUAUAUGAGGAAGGAACUAGAGAUGGCCUGUUGAUGAAGAGGGGGCGGGACAACGGGCAGUUCCUCAGCAGGCGAUUCGUCCUCUCAGAGAGGGAGGGGACUCUGAAGUACUUCACCAAAUAUGACGCUAAGGAGCCCAAAGCGGUAAUCAAGGUGGACACCAUCAAUGCGACCUUCCAGCCUGAGAAGAUAGGAAACCCCAACGGCCUGCAGAUCACCUACCUCAAAGACUACAGCACCCGCAACAUCUUUGUCUACCAUGACAACGGCAAGGAGAUCGUAGACUGGCUUAAUUCAAUUCGUGCAGUUCAGCUUCACUAUCUAAAGGUUGCGUUUCCCGGGGCGACAGAUGCUGAGCUGGUGCCCAAGCUUACCCGGAACUUUCUGAAGGAAGGAUACAUGGAAAAGACAGGUCCCAGGCAAACAGAAGGCUUCAAGAAACGCUGGUUCACUCUGGACCACAGGCGACUCAUGUACUUCAAAGAUCCUCUGGACGCCUUUGCCAAAGGUGAGGUGUUUUUGGGGAACAAGGACCACGGCUACAACGCCUCCCCCGGCUUGCCUGCUGGCACCCACUGCAACGGCGCCUGGCAACACGGCAUCACCAUAGUGACGCCUGACCGCUGCUUCCUGUUUACUUGCGAGACGGAGAGCGACCAGCAGGAUUGGCUGAAACACUUCAGCGAUGUCAUGAACGCUCAGAUGUCCCCUCAGGAGUACACGAUGGAAGCCUUGUUCAAGCACAGGCAUUGACAGACCAGAGGCCUGAGGGACCAGCUCCUCUUCUCUCAGACCGUCACCAGCCCGACACAAAGCCAUCACACAUCAGCAUCAGUUCAGCCACUGACUCCUUUAGUGAUUUUUGGAUAUUGUUGCAAAAUCUUCAUCACUAAUGUGGUCAGACUGGAGUUUGUUGCUACAAAAGUCCCAAAGGCGAUCACUGGGGUUAAAAAUGCAAACAUGAGGACCAAGGCAAUGCUAAUUGGUAAACUGAAAAAUAUAUAUCUGGCCAGAAGAAAUAGAAAUGUUUAGUUUUAAAAAAUUUGGUUUCGGUGGCAUUUAUUGCUGUAAAAUUUUUAGGUUUAUAAAAAGAGGCAUUUUUAAGUUGAGAAGUGCCUUGGUCCUCCUGUACUAGUAUUUUAUCCUCUUGUGUAGUAUUUUAUGUCCAUUUGUGAUGAGAUGAUUUGGUAAUACUGAUAAGAUUAAGGGAGUCAAAUGAGUCAAACCCGUACAGAUCAUCAACUGACAGAAAACAAUCGCGUCUGUGGACUCAGAGUUUCUUUUCAUUUUUUUAAAACUUUUUUUAAUAUUAUAUAAAAGCAAUGGUAAUCGUUGGUUGUUUUAUGUAAAGUUGUUACUACUUUCAUGACUUAAAACAUGCUUGCAUCAUGCAGCUUAUUGUGCCAAAAGUUCAGAAAGAGAGUUUUUCCAAGCGAGGCAGUAUCUUCAGAUACGCUGCCGGUGCAGCUUAUACCAGCAAUCCAACAUGGCUUUGAUCGUUUUCUUUCAAGACUGAGCAAAUGUUGACUUUACAAGUAGUUUUGAGAGGUCUGUCUUGACAGACAAUAAAGGAGAUUUGUUCAUGCAUUGGGAUAGAAAAGCUGCAAAUACUGCAAGCCAUUACAUGGUGUAACAGCGCCUCCAUGUGGCGUACAGUAUAUACACUGAGUCUUUGUUAAAACUCCAAUAAGUUGUUUUUUUCUCAUUUUUAUAGAUAUCAGACAGCCAAUUGAUAUAUUUUAGUGGUAUUUUCUUUUUUGUUAUUUUCCUUUUUUUUGGUUAAAGAGAUAAUCACAUUACAUAUUGAUUUGGUGCCUUUUUUAAGUAAAGGUGGGCUGUUUCUGUGCAUGGCCAUAGAUGACUGACAUAGGAUAUGAAAUUAUUGAUUAUCACUAAUGAAACUAUUUUUUUUGGAAUUUGUCAAGGAAUCUCUAUCAAGAUUUGUGGGGGGGAUUUUAAAAACAGUUACUUAAUUGUAGAUUAUCGCUCUCUUCAGACUGAAGGUGAGUCAUUCCAACACUAGGUUCCACCCUGAGCAUUUUUAGAAAAGCAAUAUCUUUUUCCAGUAAAUAUUAUAAUAUCAGACUUCCUGCACCAUCAACUUAAAUAUCGAUGUGCUGCCACCUUGCAAUUAAUGCAGAGGCAGAAAGCAUCCAAGAAAAGUUAAUAUUGCAAGCUUUAGAGAAAAAUGUAUGUGAGAUGAAUAAAAUUCAGCAGAAAUUUAGAUAAUACUGCGUACAAAGACAGCAGGUGUAUCACUAUUGUUAUUACCAAUAUUAUUUUACUCUGAAGAUGAGGACCUCAGCAAAAACUAUACUGCAAAAAUUCAGUUCUCAAAAACAAAAAAGUAAUAAAAUGGGGAGAAUUUAAUAAUAAUAAGCACAAUUACCUGCCAGCAUAAGUGGAAAAUUUAAUUUGCCAAGAUUUUUAACACUAAGAAAAACAUCUACUCUCAAAGAAGCCACAGUUACCUGAAGAGUAGUGUGUACAGACUUGCCUACGUUUGUCCGAGCACAAAGAAUUUCUGACUUCGACAAAGCAGUUUUGUACUUUUUAUGAAACAAAUAAACACGCCCUUUCUUUAUGCAUAUGUAUGAUGUGUUUGGCUGCUGUAUUCACAACAUGGGCAAGUGAUUUCUGGGUGUCUAAAACUACACCUCGGAGCUCAGAGACGGCAGGUUGAGGCCCAAGAGGAAUAUCUCAUAAAUCUAUAGGCCCAUGCUAGUUU